AUGCAUCUCACGUUCCUCUUUUUUAUUUUAAUAGUUAGAUAUUUCCAUCAAGUCUUUGCAACAAAUGUCCCGUUUUUGGAUAUGAACAUCCCUGAUGGUACUACUGGCUUUAUUUGUGACAUUCAUUACUUUAAAAUAAGCUAUCUAUGGUCAUCCGCCCAAGGAGCGCUCACAAAGUUUCUACGCAGGUCUCCCUACCACCAAUUCCCCGCAUUCUUCGAGGACGCACACGCAUUUGGUAUCGCAGACCAGCUUCUACUUUCUUGGCCUCUUGUGAUAAGUAACAAAGUAUACACUACUGGGGUAGUUGGAACUUAUCGGGUAGUGAUAAAUGCCUUUGGUCAAAUAAUUGGUGUAAUAGCCAUUACCCAGCUAAAUGACGUUCUCCAGAAACCGAGCUUUCGAAAAUGUGCCCCGGUUCACGUUUCUGAUGAGCAGGAUCAGAACAACUCUAUCUCAGAGGAUCUUAUAUGGGAUUAUGUCUAUCCCACAAAAGGAUACAUUUGUGACUUGAAAUUUCUGGAAAUCUCACAGGUUAAUUAUGCGCAGGAAAUGAUUGUUGACCCAGAAUUCCAAAGAGAAUUAAGGAACACCGGUUAUCACAAGUACGUUGAAAAUUACAAUGGUAAGUUAUUCACUGGAAGUGAACUACAGGCCUUCAAAAUUCAAAAAUUGGAUAAAUAUGGCAAACUAAAUGGGAAGCCUGGAUCAUUUAGGAUGAUUUUUAAUCUGGACCAGGGCUUUAUGGGGAUCAUUCACGUAACUGAUAGUGAACGUAAAUGCGUGAAAGUUUGGGAUCUCACAGAGUCGCCACACAUGACGGAUAAUUCCUCAAACUCCCACGUAUUUGAUGGAAAAGUACCAGAAAAAUACACCCCAUACUAUUGCUUGAGGCAGGUAUAUAAAUUUGAAUAUAUCAAACUCCAAGCAAAUUUCUUCACAAGUCAACUGCAUACAGUUUCAGGAAAAGAUGAAGACAUGUAUCCCAUUGUGCUUGGCCAAAACUUGAUACUCUGGCCUCUGAGAUUGCCAGAAUCAAAUUAUCGUUUGAACUAUAACCUUGCGAUAGGGCUCAACCAAAGCGGGGGAACAUUUAAUAUAUACUACUCUAGGGCGAGAGGUGAUUUUAAAAUUCCUGAGCCAUGUGGGAUUGAUUUCACAAUAUGA